GUCAUCACCCCAUCCUACCCGCCCCCGACCCACCCCCCUUGAACCAGCAUCCACCCGCUUACAAGAUAAAAUAGAGGAGAUCCAGUCUAUUUCUCUCACUCGCGAGGGGAAGCUGUGGCAGAGCAGAGAGGAUCGCGUGUUGAGUUGACCACGACUAUGGCGAGGCUUUACUUCUCGCUGUUCGUGGUGGCAGGGAUGCUGGUCCUCGGUACCCGGGCUGAGAACACGACGGAGGCCAGCGCUGAUAAUGAAGUCAUGCUCGAAGACGCCUACGAGGCCUGGCUGGAGACCUUUGGCUACUACAUCCUCAUGGAGAAGCAGGAGUACGAGGAAGACAACGCCACCUUUUUAGAAUCUCCAGACGGCCGAGAAAUCCAGCAGGAAUUGGUCGCAGGGAUGGAGGGGGAGGAGGGAGAGGGAGAGGCAGCAGGGGAUGAGGUCCUACAGGAGAGGCUGGACGUGGCAGAGGAUGAGAUCUUGGAGGACAGAAUGAUUCGGUCGCCAGUGGUCCUCACGCUAGAGAAAUAUGGUCUUCUGAAUCCUUUUUUGGAUUAUGAAGUCUGGCUCGAAUCCCAAGUGGAAGAAAAAGGCUUGGUUUUCGUCACCCUUAACCCUCACGAGAACAAAUCCAGGUGCGGUUUGGGUGGCAUCUCCAACUCCCUCGUUUUCUAUGAUGUAGAAAACGAGAUCACGACAGAUGAGAAUUUGAGGUUGCAGGCCACAACACCGAACGCCACUGCUUCUUGGGAGGAGUUCAGUGAGGACUUCUGGUGGGCCAAAGGAAGCCUGGAAGGAGGCAGUAUGCUUGGGUUGACCUUCACCCCCCCUGAGUGCGGUUGCCUGACUCUGAGUGUAUUUUUCGCUCUCCCUGUGGAUAACACAACAGUGGUGGCAGGACCUUAUACCUUCCCGGAAGACAUGAAGACACUCUUUUGCGUAGACUCAGGAGCUCAGCCGUUGCCAGAAGAACCAGAGGAAGAGGAGGAGGAGGAGGAACCUCUUGUAGAAGACCAGGUCGCUCUCGUCGAGGAGGAAGAGGAGGGCGCUGAGGUCGGGGAAGAAGUCGCCGACGAAAAUUUGAAACCGGGUCAACUGAAGAGGAAAGCUCAGCGGCAGAAGGCCAGGCAGGCGGCGAGGAAAGCAGGACGGAAGGCAGCCCGCAGGAGGAUGAAGAAGGGGAAGAAGCAGGCAGACCGGGCGCUGAGGAAGCAGAAAGUGCAGCAGAUUAGGCAGAGGAUUCGUCAGGCAGGAAUGUACGGGGAUGGUUCAUGGCUGUUGAAGUAGAGAGGUGGAGAUGAAAUUACAGAAAAAGAGAGAAUGGAACAAGCAACCCAGCCAACCGCAGAAGCCACCACGAAGCGGCCGAGGUGGGCGAGAAAGCAGGCGAGGAAGGCGCGGAAGCAGGCGAGGAAGGUCAAGAAGCCUUGGAGGAGACUGCGGAAGGAGGCGAGGAAGAACAGGAGGGCGCAGGUAGAGCAGAGGAUGGCACAGGGCGUUAAUGGUACAAUGUCCGUGGAGUUUAAUGGCACGGAAAGCUCUGCAGAAUCCAAGGUCAGCGAAAGUGCAUGUCCUUUGAACUUUCAGAUGGAUGAACACGAUGAGGUAAACAUCCUCCUGACGAUGAUCGAGGCUCAGUCAAGAAAUGAAUCGGGUCUCGAGGACGACUCUCCGCUUCAAGAGGAGGAAAAGGCAGGUUUCGAGGAGGAGAAUCAAGUGGGAGGUUCAGAGCUUACGCCUCAAGGAAGAAGACAAGGAAGAAGAGAGAGGAGAAAGAAGCAACAAAAGCGUAAUAAAGGAAAGGCAAAGAAAAAAACACCUACACAAGGCAUGAGAUUUUGCUGUAAGUUCGGAAUCGCGAGGAAGAAGAUGAUCCUGAAUAUCACAGCGGCAGAGAAUCCCAUGCCAUGCAGCAACCCAGAGGACGUCGUGGCAACCUUCGCCGAAUACAAGUUCAACAUUGCAGAAGAUGUCUGUCAAAGCCGAUUUACCGAGUGUUGCAACACCUUCACUCGUGCAAUAUGGGAGAUGAACCAGGAGAGGAAAACGGCACGAAAGCAGCGUCGGAAGCAGAACAGAAAAGCACGCAGGCAAAUGUCCCGAAGACAGAAACAGGGAGAGACCGAAAGUGCUUGAGAGGAGGGACCGAAAGCGUCAAAAGGGAGAGACCGGAGGUUCCUGAGAUUAGAGACCGGAAGUGUCAAAAGAAGGGAGAGACCGGAAGUACCCGAAAAGAGACCGGAAGAACCAGAGAAGAGACCGAAAAUGCAUAAUAAACGUAACCGGUAGCGCCUACAAAGAGA